AUGGCCAACGCCGUGCAGCCUCAGUCUCCCCCUGCGCGGGGGCAGCCGGGCGCCGCCUCGCCCCUGGACCUGCCCGAGAUGGAGAUGCUGCUCACCAAGGUGGAGGGCCAGGCGGACAGGCCCCUGAAGCUGCCCAAGUCCCUCUCGGGGGCGCUGGACCUGGAGCAGAACGGCCACGGGCUGCCCUUCAAGGUGGUGUCCUCCGAGGGGCACCGGGAGGCCUCCCUGCCCUGCUCGCCCUCGCGGGCCAGCUCCCGGCGGGCGUCCUCCACGGCCACCGCCUCCUACGCCCAGGACCAGGAGGCUCCCAAAGAUUACCUCAUCCUUGCCAUCGCCUCCUGCUUCUGCCCGGUCUGGCCCCUCAACCUCAUCCCCCUCAUUUUUUCCAUCAUGUCUCGAAGCAGCGUGCAGCAGGGGGACAUAGACGGGGCCCGGAGGCUGGGACGCCUGGCCCGGCUGCUCAGCAUCACCUUCAUCAUCAUGGGGAUCAUCAUCAUCAUCGUGACCGUGACCAUCAACUUUGCAGUCCAGAAGAAAUAG